AGCCACCUUUUGCCACAAAACCACCAUUUCCCACAGAACCACCGUCUUCCAUAGAACCACCGUCAUCCACAGAACCACCAUCUUCCAUAAAACCACUGUCUUCCACCAAACCACCUUCUUCCUCUGAACCACCUUCUUCCACAAAACCACCGUCUUCCACAGAACCACCGACUUCCACAGAACCACUGUCUUCCACAGAACCACCGUCUUCCACAGAACCACGGUCUUCUACAGAACCACUGUCUUCCACAGAACCACCGUCUACCACAGAACCGCCAUCUUCCACAGAACCGCCAUCUUCCACAGAACCGCUGUCUUCCACAGAACCACCGUCUUCCACAAAACCACCAUCUUCCACAGAACCACCGUCUUCCACAAAACCACCAUCUUCCACAAAACCACCAUCUUUCACAGAACCACUGUCUUCAACAAAAUCACCGUCUUCCACAGAACCACUGUCUUCCACAGAUUCACCGUCUUCCACAGAAUCACUGUCUUCCACAGAACCGCCAUCUUCCACAGAACCACCGUCUUCCACAGAACCACCGUCUUCCACAAAACCACCAUCUUCCACAAAACCACCAUCUCCCACAGAACCACCGUCUUCCACAGAACCGCCAUCUUCCACAGAACCGCCAUCUUCCACAGAACCACUGUCUACCACAGAACCACCGUCUUCUACAAAACCACCGUCUUCCACAGAAUCACCGUCUUCCACAGAACCACCGUCUUCCACAGAAUUAAUGUCUUCCACAGAACCACCAUCUUCCACAGGACCAUCGCCUUCCACAAAACCACCGUCUUCCACGAAACCACCAUCUUCCACAGAACCACUGUCUUCCACAGAACCACUGUCUUCCACAAAACCACUGUCUUCCACAAAACCACCUUCUUCCACAAAACCACCGUCUUCCACAAAACCACUGUCUUUCACAGAACCACUGUCUUCCACAAAACCACCUUCUUCCUCAAAACCACCUUCUUCCACAAAACCACGGUCUUCCAUAAAACCAUCUUCUUCCACAAAACCACC